AUGCAACAAUAUCAGCAGCAUCACUAUAUCGAUAGACGACGGCCUCAACUUAUGAACAAUAGUGAUAAAACAAGAAAUGAUGAAUUCUACGUUAAACUAGAGCGUCUCCGGUCAACAACUGCAGCAUCUACUUCAAAACAGUGUUCACAUCGUUCAGCAACAGAACUAUUAGAUGAAACGAAAGCAUUUUUUGUCAAAAGUCAAGAAGUUUUACGUAAUCGACAAACGCUUCGAAGUAAUAAGACAUUAAAUGAACAACAUCAAGAACGAGUGACGCCCUCAUUUCGAAUGGCACAACCACGUCGCUCUCCUUAUAAUUAUGACGAAUAUGAAGAUGAUCGAUUUCGAUUAGAUUCUCUAGAUCUUUCAUUACGAUCUUCCAUACAUUCAAUAUCGACUCCAAAUUCAACGACAAAAUCUUCCGAUUGUGCUGCAUUUGAAAGUGUUAGUCUAUUGUCGUUUUCGGAUCAAACAACACUUGAUAGUACUAAUAGUUUGUCAAAUAUAAAAAGAACAGUUGUACCAUCAACAUCCGUAACUGUGAUUGAACGCAAUGCAAGAAUUAUUAAAUGGCUUUUUCAAUUAAAUAAAGCGAAUGCGUCACCUUCCUUUUCCGAUUUACGAUAG